UCCUUUAAAUGGUCAAAAGGAAAAGAUGAUACCUUUCAAUGAUCUAGUAAAAUUUCAUUUAAUAUGUAAUUUUUCGUGCGUUCGUUCCGUCCAAUUAAAAAAAAUGUCAAUUGUAUAUAUUGUGGUGAUAAUGGACAGCAAUUUGUAAACUUAAUGAAGUAAAAUGACCUUGAGUCAUUAUCUGAAUUUGGUGCGACGGGAAAUCGAUACCCCAGUUAUUAGAUAUUUAAUGAUGGCACAGUUCCCUCGCGUUUUGUCCAUCCAAAGCCACGUAGUUUCUGGAUAUGUGGGAAAUAAGAGUGCGACGUUCCCUUUGCAAAUUUUAGGUUUUGAAGUAGACACUAUAAAUUCCGUGCAAUUCUGUAAUCAUACAGGCUAUGCAGCUGUUAAGGGUCAAGUGCUGACAGACAAGGAUUUGGGUGAUUUGGUAGAAGGAUUAGCAACUAACAAUUUAGAUACAAACUAUUCUCACCUGCUCACUGGUUACAUUGGUUCGCCGGCAUUCCUGAAACGUGUUGCCUCGUUGGUGAUCGAUCUAAAAGCCAAAAACAAAGAACUGAUUUACGUUUGCGAUCCUGUAAUGGGAGAUAAUGGCAAAAUGUAUGUACCUGCAGAAUUACUGCCGAUCUACAAAGAGGUCGUGAUACCUUUAGCAGAUAUCCUAACACCUAAUCAGUAUGAAGUUGAGCUGCUGACAGAAAGAAAAAUAAAAACUGUCGAGGACGCUUGGAAAUCCAUCGACAUUUUACAUGAUAUAGGAUGCAAGACGGUGUUCUUAUCGUCCAGCGAACUGGGAAGCGAGGGAAAUCUGCUGGCGCUCGCCAGUACGAUCAAAGGCGAACGGAAAAGAGUGAUCAUGUCUAUCCCGAAACUGAAUGCAACAUUCACUGGAACCGGAGAUCUGUUCGCGUCCUUGCUGUUGGCUUGGAUGUACAGCACCGAUGAUAUUCAGCUCGCUAUGGAUAAAACAAUGGCAACAAUACAACACGUAUUACAAAAGACAUUAAAAUACGCUUCAGUUAUUGGAAUUUCGACUGGAUCAUUAGAAUUGAAAUUGAUUCAGUGCAAGGAAGAGAUUCAAGAACCUAAGGUUACAGUACACUCUAAGCUAACUUAACUUAAGCCGUCAAGUUAAGCAAAGAUUUAUAUUGCGAAAUUUAAAUAAAUCUUAUUGCUUAAAUGUCUUCCAAACUGACCAAACAAAUAAAAAGAAAAAUAGACGUAGAUAAAUAUAUAU